AAAAAAAAAAAGAAAAACCAAAAAGAAAAAAACCACAAAAAUGUGCAAGCAAACUGCAAAUGAAAUUUGAAUUUCAAAAUAAUGUGCACACACCCCGUCCAGUGUAAAAACUGCAUCGGCAGAGAGCGAGAAAGCAAGCGAGCGAGUGCAUCUUCUUCUUCUUCAGGGCAGGUGGAGAGCGAAACCGAAAUGCGAUACCGAAAUACGAAUCUUCUCAAGCCAAAACCAAAGCCAAUGCCAAUAUGCCCAAGCCCCAAAUCAACGCUAAUCGCUUGCGCCUGACUAAUAAAUAUGUUCCAGAGAUCUAUCUCUCCGGAUCUCGUAUCGUGUGCUGCUGGCGCGGGGACGAGGAGCACGAUGCCGAUGCCGAUUCACUGUACAUACAACCGCCGCAGGCCAGCAGGGAAGCCACUGGAUCGAAGCGCGAAUCGAAGAAGAAACAUUCCCGCGAGCGAAGGCGCCACAAGGAGAGAGAAGAAGGUGGCGGAUUAGAGCGUGAGCAUCGAUACGAAUACACGAGGGCCAGGGAAGAGCACUACCAUCACCACCAUCAUCCACGCGCCAACAACAGCGAACGAGGAGCCGUUGCGGCAGCAGGAGGAUAUCCCAAGCAUCACCUGAGCCAUGCCGCCUACCACUACCCACAGGCACCCCUGCCACCACCGCCGCCGCCGUCAGCACAGAGCUAUGUCCAUCACCACCAUCAGCAUCACCAGGCCAUGCAUUUGAGUGUUCCCAGGGGAGUGGGUGCGCGAGGGGACUACCAUUCCUAUCCGUCUGGCGGCUACCACGGCAGCAGUCGGCAUGCCGACUACCCCAUGGAGGAGCCGCCCAGCAGGAGAGGCAGCAAAUAUGCCGAGAGCAAGGAUGCGGAGAGCCUCGAGCAGGAUCUGCGGUCGCGUCUGCUGAAGAAGCGCCACAACUACGUGAAGGACUACGAGACGGAGGAGAACUACGAGCAUCGGCGGGAGAGUCGCAAGGAGCGAGAGCGCGGGCGCAGCCACAAGCAGCGCCACGAGCGUGUCAUCGAGCUGCUGGACAGCCCAGAGCUGGAGCAGCAGACGCACCACAAGUCCCACCGCAGCUCAGUCAAGUCAUUGCCCAGGGAAGAUUUCCCAGAUGUCAGCCGGAGAAAGAUUAACGUGGAGGUGGAUCCAGAGCUGCUGGCCAGAAGGGAGAAGCUCCUGGCCGCCGAGCGAGAGAAUCGACAGAGAAAGCAAACAGCUCGGGACGAGCUGGAGGCACGCCGGGAGCUGUUGCGCGAACGAAACGAGCACAGCGAUGCCCUCAGUCCGGCGACAGUAGCCGCCAGUGUCACUGCUGGCCUGAACAUUGUCAAGAGGAAGCAGAAGGUGCAGGAGAGCGACGAGCGGGACAUCAAGUACAAGAAACGGAGAAAGCCCAGCGUGGAGGAGGUGCAGGUGAUCAGGGACGAGGAGGAUGACGAUGAGGAAGAGGACGGCAGCGAGGAGAGCGAUUCCAACGAGGAUGGCGAGGAGGAGGAGGAUGAGGAGAGUGCGGAAAGUGACACCGAUUCGGGUUCCAAUGAGAGCGAAGAUAGCUACGAGACGAAAAAGAAGAGCAAAAGAAAAUCAUCGGGCAAGCCGGCAGAAGACGAUGAGGAAAUUCCCUUGCCCAACAGCCCGCUGAGUGUAGGGGAGCUCUACAAGUCGCCCAAGGGGCAAAGGUCAUCGCGCUCUCGCUCGGCAGCGAGCUCCAAGAACAGCUCCAGGAGCUCCCAGUCCAGUCGCAGCAGUCGUUCCCGUUCCAAGAGUCAUUCCCACGACAGCAGCAUGGACGAAGACGAGCAGGAUGGCACGAACAACCAGCAUCAACGUUCCCCCAGCACCAGCACGCGCAGCGAGGAGCGUGGCAUGGCCCAGGUGUCAGAGGAGAAGCCCCAAACGAGCGAAGAGAAGGCGGCCACAGCCAAACAGCCACUGCGAUCGCUGGAGGAGCAGACGCCGUGCGACGACAAGGGCAUUCCACUGCCCAACUACUAUCCCGGUGUGCAGGGCUGUCGUUCGGUGGAGGAGUUUCAGUGCCUCAAUCGCAUCGAGGAGGGCACCUACGGCGUUGUCUAUCGCGCCAAGGACAAGCGGACCAACGAGAUAGUCGCCCUCAAGCGUCUCAAAAUGGAAAAGGAAAAGGAGGGCUUCCCCAUCACCUCCCUCAGGGAGAUUAAUACGCUGCUCAAGGGCCAGCAUCCAAAUAUUGUGACCGUCCGUGAAAUUGUGGUUGGCUCCAACAUGGACAAGAUCUUCAUUGUGAUGGACUAUGUGGAGCACGAUCUCAAGUCGCUGAUGGAGACGAUGAAGAAUCGCAAGCAGAGCUUCUUUCCCGGCGAGGUCAAGUGCCUCACGCAGCAACUGCUGCUGGCCGUGGCCCAUCUGCACGACAAUUGGAUACUGCAUCGGGACCUGAAGACCUCCAAUCUGCUGCUCUCCCACAAGGGCAUACUCAAGGUCGGGGACUUUGGCCUGGCACGCGAGUAUGGCUCACCGAUCAAGAAGUAUACCUCGCUGGUCGUCACUCUGUGGUAUCGGGCGCCAGAGCUGCUACUCUGCUCCCCGGUCUACUCGACGCCCAUUGAUGUGUGGUCGGUGGGUUGCAUUUUUGCCGAGUUCCUGCAGAUGUUGCCACUGUUUCCAGGCAAAUCGGAGAUCGAUGAACUUAAUCGAAUCUUUAAGGAACUGGGAACACCCAACGAUAAGAUCUGGCCUGGUUAUACCGAGCUACCCGCCGUUAAGAACAUGCUGAGCCAGAACUCACAGUUCACCGAAUAUCCCGUGUCACAGCUGCGCAAACACUUUCUGGAGAAGACCUCCGAUAUGGGAUUGUCGCUGCUGCAGGGCCUGCUGACGUACGAUCCCAAACAAAGACUGACGGCUGAUGCGGCCCUGAAGCACGCCUACUUCAAGGAGCUACCCCUACCCAUCGAUCCAUCCAUGUUCCCCACGUGGCCGGCCAAGAGUGAGCUGGGCGCACGCAAGGCACAGGCCUCGUCCCCAAAGCCACCAUCGGGUGGCUCUCAGUUCAAGCAGCUGGGCAGGGACGAGCCCGUUGCGGCCGUCAAUAAACUCUCCUCGGGCAUUAUCACGGGCAACAAGAAGAGCCAUGGCGGAGCGGCAGCCACUGCCGCCGCUGUGGCUGCAUCUUCGGCCAGCAGCACGGGCUUUGUGCUGCAUGCAGGACUCACGCAACGCCAGCUGGCCAUGGGCCCGGGAUUCAGUCUGAAGUUUUGAUUCGUCCGAGGUCUGAGCGUGUGCAGUCUCCAGUCUGUGUGUGCGUGUGUUUUUAGCCAAUUAUAAUUACAAAUAAUUGUUAUGUAUAGUUAGAAUGUAAGUGAAACAAACAAUUCGUUUAAUAUUGUAUGUGUAAAAAUAUUGUUCCAUAUAUCAUUUAAAAGCCAUACAAAAAGCAAAUAUUUCGCCAUCGAUCUAUCAAUA